UUUUAUUUCAGGAUGAAAUUCAAAAAUUUACCUGUUUUUCUUCCAAAAACUGAAUUUCCUGUUUUGCCUAAAAAUUCGGAGCGUUCUCGUUUAGACUCGCAUCUCAAUGCUAUUGCUGAUUUUUCUGGAUUUUAUCAGUGGCAGAAGACCCGUAAAACAAAUGCACCUUUAAAGGAAUUUACUAUACUUGAUGGACCGCCGUAUGCAAAUGGGAAUGUUCAUGUUGGGCAUGCAAUAAAUAAAUUGUUGAAGGAUUUUGUCCUCAAAAGUAGAGUCCAGUUGGGCUAUAAUGUUGACUUUAAAGCUGGUUGGGACUGUCAUGGAUUGCCAAUUGAAUUAAAAGUUUUAAAACAGGAAACGAACAAUAAGGAGCAAGAUACACUUCUUUUACGUGCAAAUUGCCGUCAAAUAGCUGAGAAUUCUAUCCAAUCUCAAAUGACUUCAUUUCUUCGCUGGGGUUGUUCAGCUGAUUUUUCUGAUCCUUACAUUACAAUGAGCCCUAAUUAUGUCUCUAAACAAUUGGAAAUAUUUGCUCAACUUUAUGAUCGAGGAUUAAUUUAUAGGAAAAUGGGACCUGUUUAUUGCACGGCUGUUUUCUUUGGAUUUAGAUUAAUUAAUUUUGAUAUUGACAAAUUACAAUGGAAAAAUAAAUCAGCAAUUGCACCCACUAGUAAAAAAUCAACACAAUUAUUUUUGAUGGUUUGGACAACAACACCAUGCAAAACUGCUACUCGAAAAAUAUUUAUUGUUGCCAAAGAUUUAAUCUCUAAUAUUUCUCAACUUCUUAAAAAAGAAUUUCAAUUGUUUGGCACAAUUAAAGGCGAAGAAUUGGCGAGAGAUCGUCGAUAUUUUUAUAAAAAUGCAAUGUAUAAUGAUUUGGCCCAAGAAAUUAUUGCUGCAGAUUUUGUAACUGCAAAUAUGGGUACUGGUUUAGUACAUUUAUCUUAUGCACAUGGACAUGAUGAUUAUAAGAUUGGCUCUCAACGUGAUGUUAUUGAAUGUUUUGUUGAUGAAAGGGGGAGAUAUACUCGUCAUAUGGGCUAUGAUUUUGAAGGCAAAGAAGUAUUGGGAGAAGGAACACGAGCUGCUUUAGAGAAAUUAAAGAAAGACGUUCUGUUUGAAUACGAGUAUACCCAUUCCUAUCCUUAUGAUUGGCGUUAUAAUAAACCAGUUAUUAUUCGAAGUUGCCCUCAAUGGUUUAUGGAUGUCUCUUUUUUAAAUAAACGAUGUGAAGAAGCAAUUUAUUCUUAUCCUGGAAUUAAUGUUUCUGCUGGAAAUGUUGAUCUCAGAGCUGCAUUUUCGACAUUUUUUACUCGUCGAAAUGAAUGGUGUAUUUCUAGACAACGUGCUUGGGGUGUUCCUAUUCCAGCAAUUACUCGUCAAGAAAUGAUUGGAGAUGUUGAGGAAGUAAAAACAAGCGGGGAAUUUAUCCGUUCAUAUGCUCAAUUAGUUAAAAGUAAAGCAAAUACGGAUUUGUGGUGGACUUUAACACUCGAAGAACUUUCUAGAUUGAAGGGGUUUCCUUUUUCCUCCCUCAAAAAUUUGCAAAAAAGAACAGAAGUAAUGGAUGUAUGGAUGGAUAGUGGACUUACUUGGCAUACAUUAACGCCUAAAAAAAUUGCUGAUGUAGUAAUUGAAGGCAAGGACCAAUUUCGUGGAUGGUUUCAAUCAUCUCUCAUUACUUCUAUGGCCCUUCAAGAUUCCGCCCCUUUUAAACGAAUUCUUAUUCAUGGAAUGGCUGUUGAUGAUAAAGGAUCUAAAAUGUCAAAAUCUAAAGGAAAUGUAGUUUUGCCUGAAGCUAUUACCGAUGGCACAUUGGCUAGUGAUCCAGUAGGUGCGGACGGUCUUCGUUAUUGGGCUGCCUGGAUGGGAGCUGAUUCUGCUGGCGAAGUUCGAAUUGGUCCAAGCAUGGUUAGGGAUUUACAGAGUCGAUUAAAAGGAAUUAGGCUGAUUUUACGUUUUGUACUCGGAACUAUGGAAACUGCCGAGAAGUUAAAUUUGAAUUAUAAUAAAUUUGGAGGAAAUAUUAAAAAUGAAAGGAUGGAUAUACCUCAAUUACAAAUUAUAGAUCGGUAUAUUCUGGCUCGUUUAAAUGAUUUUUCUAAGUUGAUUCGUUCUCGUUAUAAUGAUUACAGAUUUGGAAAAUUAAUGGAAGAGUAUUUCCAAUUUACACAAAAAGAUGCCUCUUCCUAUAUUACAUCUGUUCGUGAUCGUCUUUAUUGUGAACCAAUUAAUUCAACAUCACAUCAAGCAGUUCUUUUUACAUUAAACAAAUUGGGGUAUACACUUGUCCAGCUAAUUGCUCCAAUUUUGCCACAUUUGGCUGCCGAAUUCUUUACAUAUCACCCACAAUUUAGUACUAACGUGGCCUCGGCAUUCCGAGGAGUUUUUGACGUUGAAGAAGAGGAAAGUCAAUUAAAUAGAGCAAUAGGUGAUAAAGAAGACCUUUAUGUAUUAAUGAGGAUUGUUCAAGAAUUACGGAAUGAAGCUGUUGAUUUAAUUAAUAAGGGAGAACAUCCAAAAUUAAAAACACGUCGAAUAAAGGAAGUUGGCAUUCGGCAUUUUGGUUUAUUAAUUAGUGGAAAUGCAGAACAAUUGGCCCCAUUACAAAAAGUAUUUAAAGAAGAUGAAUUAUAUUCAGAAAUUGUUGAACUUUUUGGUUCUUCUUUUGUUCGUCUAUCAGAAAAUAAUUCAUUAAAUUUAAAUAUUCAAUUACUUGAUCCAUUUAAUGAAGGCUUAGAUUGGUGUGGACGGUGCAGAAAAAUAAAUAAUCGAAUUGAAAGAGAAGAAGAAAAAAAUUUGGAAAGAAUUUUACAAAAUAAAAAAGAAGAAGAAAAGGAGAAUGCAACAUUUAAAUUAAAUUUGAAUUGUUCUCCACAAUUAUGUGAGAAAUGUGAAUAUGCAAACCAUAUAAUACUUGUUAGACAGGAAGAAGAGAACAAAAAAAUACAAAUAGAAGAAAAGGAACAGACGGUGCCAAUUUCAGAAUAAUGCCGCCAACACAAACAUCUU